CACUAAGCCACUAAGCAACAGCCUGCGAUUUGUCCCAUGGCAUCUGAAGAUGUUUGGAAGGAGCUGCAGCACGAACAAUCCAUGCGACAGGCGGCACCUUCGCCAAUUGCAGUCAGCUUUGAACUGGAGGCAGCGCUGCAACAAGCGGCAGAGUAUGGCCAAGAACUCUUGGCACAGGUCAAGGAGCAAGAGCAAGCACUUCAAGAGUAUCGGGAAAAGGUCCAGAGCCUGGAAGCUUCGAAAAGUCAGGUGCUGACCUCCCGCCGAACGUCGCAAAGUCGUCGUGCCAGUACAGUUGCGUUCGGACCAGACAGACUUGCCUUUCCCGGAACGCCAGAAAGUGAGGAUGAGGACAAGCGGCCACGCAAGGCUGCACCGCGCCGGGGGCGCGCAGGGAAGACGAUGGUAGUGGAGGAUUUGAUGCAGCACAACCAGUCGUUGGAAGAGGAGGUGCAGCGUUUACAGCAGCAACUCAACGAGGACUCGGAUGAAUCCGAUGAGGAAGAAGGAACGAUAAGACCAAAGAGGCGCUCGAGGAAAUCUUGCAAAUUCACACAUGGCGAGGAGGCAGAGGAAGACUCCGUAGAAACCGAAAAUGAGGUCCAGAUCCGCCAACUGAAGCAAGAGCUCGAAGCAACUCGGAGUGAGUACUCCAAAAGACUAAAGGCCUUAGAAGCUGAGCUGGACACGAAGAAGCAAGAGGCACAGGGACACAUAGAAGCUGAAGAGGAAGCCAAAGCCGAAAGUGCAGAGACCGAGGCAAAACUGAAGGAUCUUCAAAAGCGCUGGGAGGAACUCAUGGAAGAGAACGAGAAGAUGGAGAAGGAGCUGCACCUGGCUGGAGCAAAAGAGCAGGAGCUGGCCUUCCAGCUUGAGGAGGAGCAAGCUUUGAGAAACCAGGCACGCAGUUCCCGCAGAGCUUGGAUGCCCACAGCCUGUGAAGAGGCUCUACGAAAUGCGGCAGCUACCGCAUCUUUGGCUGAUGAGUUUGAUGGCAUUGAAGAGCACGACGAAGAGGAUGAGAGCGAAGAAUUCGGUGAAUCAGACCACACAGGCGCUGAUGGUGCAUUACCGUCGAUCGCACCCAAGGCAGAGGCAGCAGCAGCAAUGCAGCAGAAUGCCACACAGGAGCAAGUACAGGCAGUCUCAAGUGAAAAUGCCAAACUGCGACAGCAGAUCAGAGUACUUCAGGAAACCACCAAGGCUGACACUGCAAAUGAAAUCAAGCAACUUCAAAGACUGGAAGAGCUGGAAGUUGCCAAGGCUGCCGCCACAGAACAGAUAGAGCAGCUCGAAAGGGACCUUGAUGCUGCCAAGGCGGAAGCAGCCACAACAUUACAGCGUACUGCGCAGGAGCAAAUACACGCAGUCUCAAGUGAAAAUGCCAAGCUCCGACAGGAGAUCGUAGCACUUCAGGAAACUAGCCAGGCAAAUGAAAGCGAGCAACUUGAACAACUCCAAGAAAGACUCGAAGCACUGGAAGUUGCCAAGGCCGCCAAAGCACAGGUACAGCAGCUUGAAGCAAACCUGCAGGCUGUAAAGGCCGAAGCAGCUGCAGCAUUGCAGCAGCAAAACAGUGUGAAGGAGCAGAUGCAUGCAGUUUCAAGCGAAAAUGCUCAACUGCAAGGGGAGAUCACGGCACUUCAAGGAAGAGUCAACGCAGUCGAAGUUGACAAGGUUGCCGCAACGAAAGAAGUCCAGAAGCUUGAAGGAAGCCUGGCAGUUGCCAAGGCGGGGGCAGCUGCAGCAAUCCAGCAGAAAGAGCAGUUGCAGGCAGCCGCAGAACAGAUACAGAAGCUUGAAGGAAACCUGGAGGCUGCCAAGGCAGAAGCAGCAGCAGCGAAGCAGCAGCAGGGCAUCGCACAGGAGCAGGUGCAGGCAGUCUUGAUGGAGAAUGCCAAGCUGCGACAGGAGGUCAAAGCAUUUCAAGAAGUCAGACCUGGGCAAGCGGAUAGGUCGGAUGAAUCCGAGACUUUUUGGAGCAGAGUCGUGGGGGCAAUUGCAUGUGCUCGAACGCAGCCAAAGCCAAAUACAAGUGCUCGCACGAGCCAAUCAGGGCCUGUGCGACUCGUGAUGCCACCGGUGUCUGAUGCACAAGCUGCACUGGGCAUUGAGCACACGUCAGCAGAGACAGGUCAGUAGGUCGAGCUUAGGUCUUGAAAGUAUAGUUUGUCCAACAUGCGUUGCCCA